AUGCAGGGUGUCCUGGAGAUGCCCACUUUGGGACACACCGUCCAGCUGAUGCGACCAUAUCCUGCUGACUUUGGGCGGGAGCAGGCUCCCACCUUGCAGACUCGGCUUGAACGUGGCACGCUCAGAACCAGGAAUGAAUUCCUGGGGUUGGGUGGUGGAGACGAUUGUUACCGCGAGGAGCCACCUCACUGGCCAGAGGAGCAGUACAAGUACCGGGAACUGAGUGCAGCGUCCAGAUUGCUGAGGGCCAGUGGCAGCGUGGGGCCCCAGUACGGGACGGUGGAGAAGGCCUGGACGGCGGUCAUGGCCGAGGCGGAGAGAGUGAGUGAGCUGCACCUGGAGGUGAAGGCCUCACUGAUGAACGAGGACUUCGAGAAGAUCAAGAACUGGCAGAAGGAAGCCUUUCACAAGCAGAUGAUGGGAGGCUUCAAGGAGACCAAAGAGGCGGAGGACGGCUUUCGGAAGGCGCAGAAGCCCUGGGCCAAGAAGCUAAAAGAGGUGGAGGCAGCAAAGAAGGCCUACCACGCGGCGUGCAAAGAGGAGAAGUUGGCCACGUCACGAGAAACCAACAGCAAAGCAGACCCAUCCCUCAACCCCGAGCAGCUUAAGAAGUUGCAAGACAAAGUAGAAAAAUGCAAGCAAGAUGUUCUUAAGACCAAAGAGAAGUAUGAGAAGUCGCUGAAGGAGCUCGACCAGGGCACCCCCCAGUACAUGGAGAACAUGGAGCAGGUGUUUGAGCAGUGCCAGCAGUUUGAGGAAAAGCGCCUGCGCUUCUUCCGGGAAGUCCUGCUGGAAGUUCAGAAGCACCUAGACUUGUCGAAUGUGGCCAGCUACAAGAACAUUUACCGCGACCUGGAACAGAGCAUCAAAGCCGCUGACGCAGUGGAGGACCUGAGGUGGUUCAGAGCCAACCACGGGCCAGGCAUGUCCAUGAACUGGCCGCAGUUUGAGGAUGAAGAGUGGUCCGCAGACCUGAAUCGAACUCUCAGCCGGAGAGAGAAGAAGAAGGCUACUGACGGGGUCACCCUGACGGGCAUCAACCAGACAGGCGAUCAGGCUCUGCAGAGCAAGCCCAGCAGUGACCUUAGUGUCCCGAGCAACCCCACACGGUCAGCACAGUCACUGUCCAACUACAACCCUUUCGAGGACGAGGACGACACGGGGAGCACCGUCAGUGAGAAGGAGGACGUUAAGGCCAAAAACGUGAGCAGCUACGAGAAGACCCAGAGCUACCCCACUGACUGGUCAGAUGACGAGUCCAACAACCCGUUCUCGUCCACGGACGCCAACGGGGACUCAAACCCAUUUGACGAGGAUGCCACCUCGGGGACAGAAGUGCGGGUCCGGGCCCUCUAUGACUAUGAAGGGCAGGAGCAUGACGAGCUGAGCUUCAAGGCUGGGGACGAGCUGACCAAGAUCGAGGACGAGGAUGAGCAGGGCUGGUGCAAGGGACGCUUGGACAACGGACAGGUCGGCCUGUACCCCGCGAAUUACGUCGAGGCAAUCCAGUGA